CUCCUUUCCCUCCCUCCCUGCCUCCUUUCCUGCCUUCCUUCCCCUUCUUCCCCCGCCGCGGUCCGGGUGGGAGCGUGUCCCUCUUCCCAAACCCCGCCGAGUGCCUCCUGCUCCCCGGGCACUGCUGCUGGCUCUUCCCGGUGUGUGACAUCUGUCCCAGCCCAUGCGCGCUGUCCUGGCGCAGGAAAGAAAGGGGAAGCUUGAAAUGGUCCCGAUUGGUUUUUGUUUCAUUAGUUUCUGGUCUGCGUAAUCUUCUGGUGACGUUAAUGUUUUCCCUAGGGAAGCUCGCGGAGAACAAUUGUUUCUUUCCGUGCCGUAGUUUUGCUCUCGAGUUGGAAAUAGGAUCAAUAGCCUGGAAAUAUAAAGGUUGAAUAUAACUCAAGAGUUUUUUUAUCACCUAAAGACUGAAAAUGGACCCUGAAAAUGAUAUAAAGAAGCAAGUAAACCCCUUUUACUGCAAUAUUUGCAAAAUCUGGUGUUCUUCUGCAUUAAACUUGCAGACUCACUUCCUUGGAACAAAACACAAGACGAUUGAAGAAGCAUUGAAAGCUCAUGGCAUGGUUAAAACAGACAGUUCCUUAGGGAAGAAAUUGAACACGCUUGUGAAUCUUCCUGAUUUUGUUAAAACAGAAAGUUGCUUAGGAAAGAAGGUGAAAACACCUGCAAAUCUUCCUGAUUUUGUGCCACUUGAGUCAGAGAAGUUUCAUGGACAGACUUUGGAAGACCAGCUAAAUACAUGUAAAGAUUCAGAACCUGCACUUGGUCUCAAUUACAUAAUAGAAUACCGAACAAAUGACAAUGUUCCUUUUCUCUAUGAAUGUCAACUAUGCUACUUUAAAACAGGACUGAAUAACAUGUUCAUGCAUGUUUGUGGUUCCAAGCACAGACUGGCAUACUUGAGACAACAUUAUCCAGAGAUAGCACAAUCUGAUGAAGUUAAGUGUAAAGGCUCUGAACUGAACAAAAAAGUUAGGCAAAUUGGAUUAACAAUUGAGAAGAAAGAAGGAAGAAAACAAAUACAGGUUGUUACAAGUGUUCAAACAGUGAGAAGGAAAUGGCAAGAAUCUCUUGCAGAGGACAGCCCUUCAAAAGCUAAAGUUCAGCAUGUGGAUGUGCCCCCUAGUAAUGCAGAAAAUACAGGUGACAAAGAUGGGGAACUGACAGACCCUACUCAAAAUGAAAAUAAUGUUCAGGAGGAGAAUGAAGAAAGGCAGGAAGAACAGGCAAAACCAGAUGAACAGGUUGAACCUAAUAAUGCUAUUGAAAGCGGCAAAGACAAUAACUCAGAAAGGUGUGAGACCAAUAACCAAACAGAGGAAGAAAACAAGGAAGCUCAGCAAGAAUUUACAGCAAAUCCUGAAGAAUUCACUAGUCAAGAAGAACUCUUGGGUUAUUUGCAAAGUUUUGAGAUACUGAAUGAAGACGAUGCUUCAUUUAUCCUGAAAGUUACACAGACUCUCACAAAUGCAUUGGUAGAAUAUCGUCAGCAGGCUGCAGCAAACAAAAUGCACUUGGAUGCUGGAUAUAAUGGAGAAGCAGCACUAGAAUAUUCCACAGAAGAGCCUGGCCCAACUUCAGCAGAUGUCAUCGACUCUGACACUGACUACUCAAGUGGCCAAUCAGCUAAGCAGUUCUUACCAGUCAAUGAAGAUGAACCCCAAAACUUUGGCUCUUUGGAAACAGCGUAUGAGAAGAACAUCACGACUGAGUUUUUGAACAGUGUAAGAAAUAUGAAUGCUGAAGAAGUUACUGCUACCCUACACAAAAUAGCAGCAUCAAAUCCAGCUUUCAGAGGAAUUGAUAUACCGAAUGUUAUAAGGAUUCUGACUGAAAGUGGAACCCUGAGGGGACCAAGCAAUGGCAGCACACAGUGACAUGGUACUUAAUAGAGAUAAUAGAGCAAUGUUUACUUUCUCUAAGUUACUUCUUACAGAAGUAACAAGUAAGUUUGCUGUUUUACUUCAUUUGACCUCAGUGGAGUUAUUUUGUUAUGUUUAAGUUUUGUACAGUGUUUUUAAAAUUAAAUUAAUAACUUGAUAUUCUUGUUAUUUAUUUCUCCAUUUAGCUGAAAGUUCUGUAUUGUGGAAAGGUUCUAAAGCUCAUGUUCAUUCUUUCUGUAUUAAACCAGCUUUUAAAAACAGCUAAUUUGUUUUCUUCAGUAUUAUUAAAUAUUGUACAAUGACAGUCUGAUCUUUUCUUUUUGUUGGUUCUUUUACAAAGAAUUAUCAGCAGAAUGAACUACUGCACUCAGCACCACAAACUCAUCCUACAACAAAUAAUUGGCAGAUAUUCCUCGUGGCUGCUGACACUGACUAAAAAGCCUUUGUAAUCGAAAACCCUUUCCCAUAUCAGGGUUAUGAACAGGUCUCCACAAUUUUUUUCCUAAUAAGAUUAAAAGUAAUAAAAGUCAGCGCUGUCAGUCUUGUGCUGAAGUGAGAAGUGCCUGGAUUACAACCAGUUAGGGAGGACAGAAGCUUCAGCAAAGUUAGUAUAAGUUAGGUAUGUUUUGCAAAUUUAGAAAUUUACAGAUAUAUCCCAACAGGUGUAAAAAGGCUCUGGCUAAGAGGCACUGAUGUGGUGGCAAAAGUAUCUUUUGUCUUUUAUCCUGCCAGUAUGAGCAUGAAAUAAAAGCUGGGUUAUACUGUCCUUCAUGCUCUUUUAACAGGAACUUUUUUCCAACUAAAGCAGUACUGGUUCUGACUGAAUGUACUUGUCUUAUUAAAUCAUUAAUAACUUGUACUUUUGUAGGAGGGUGAAAAAAUGUUUUAAAUGGUUAUAAAUUAGUUUGCUUGAGAAAAAAUAUUUUUUAAAAGUGAAGCUGUGUGAUUAAAAUUCACUUCCUGCUUGUGAUGCUGGGUAGCAUUCAGUGCUUCUAAUUAAAGCUCUUCAGCUUUGCAGCUGAACACUGGUAUAAUUUAGACAUGCUGGGGGCCAGAUGGUAAAUGAACUUUUCGUGUUAACUUGUAUUUUUUUUGAGAUCUGGAUGGAAUUUGAGAAUCCUCAUCCUGAUGGUUUCAUAUCUUCAUACCAUGGAAUGCAAGAUGCAGUAAAACUAAGGUAACAAAGAAAGCAGUAACAAAAUUUAUGAGUUUUAUUAUAUAACAUCUCAGGAAGAAAAACAGUUCAUGGAUAAAUUAGAACACUGUUUUAAGGAAACUCUGAGGAAUUUCUGGAAUGCAUCUAAAUCUGUUCUUACCAGAGGCAGAGAUGGAACCAGAGUUCUUGCAGUCCAUUUACUAUGUAUAGGAACAGUGUUAAUGCCUGCUUAAUGAAGGUGAACUUAAUCAGUAAAAAUUCUGAAUUCUGAAAAUAAAAAUAGAAACAUCUUUUUCCUGUUUGUUUUCAAGGUGCAGAACAAUCUCUGUGUUAAAAUAAUAAAAUCAGAAUAUUCAGCUGUUGUAAAUGGCCAUCUCUUGAGACAGCUUCUUUUGCCUCUUACUGUGGAAUCAUUCCAAAUAAAGUUACAAUUAAGUUGAAAUAACUUGGA